CUCCAUUACCCGUCAGCCUUUUGUUUAUGGUCUGAAGUCACGGGGUACUGCAGUUUUGGGGUGGAAUCAUUCUUCUUUCUUAAGGAGCGGAAGAAGAACUGCCUGCCUGGUACUCGGCUCAUGAUUGCCGAAGCAUCAAGAGUUACCUUGCCAGAGAAAGCCGCUCGCCAUGUGUCAACAGAGUUAUUAACUGGGGCGUUUUCCUUCGCCGAGCAAGUUCAGCAUGAUGCCCAUGACCUUUGAGGUGUCAGCUAGCGUGACACUCCUGUUUGACUUCUGGCAUGUGAGCACCCCUGGAGGUAUGUUUGUAUCAGUGCUAGUAGUCAUGUUGCUGACAGUCUUCUACGAGCUGCUCAAAGUGUGGAGGGUUUGGCUUAGCAGAAGCACGGUGUUGGCUCACUAUUCGACUCCUUAUGCCGGUGCGCUGUCCCGACGCAGUGACAGCAGUUCUGUGCUGGAAAACAGCCCCUCUGAAACCUCAUUGACUUCCAAUGACUCACAUCCUAUCUUUCGAAGAAACAGGCACAGCUGGUUGCUACAUGGAAUCCAGACAUUGCUCCACUUGCUGCAGGUGACUCUGGGCUACAUGUUGAUGUUGUGCAUCAUGUCCUUCAACACUUGGAUCUUCCUCGGCAUCAUUGCAGGUUCUGCACUGGGUUAUUUCAUCUCAUUCCCUCUGCUGGAUCAGCAUUGACGGACAGUACAGUGUUCCCCCCCGGAAUUCAAAAGAUCACAUUUUUGGUUAAAAUGUGUGGAAAUCCUCAUGAUGAGCUGUUUUGAUGCUUUCUGUGUGUUUAGUAUUUCUCAAAAUGUCAGCUAAUCAGUGUAACACAAUCCAUAUUAAUUGUGUACACUCGAAGUGGACAACUGGAGGGAUAUCAUGUUAAAGUUAUGACAGCUAUAAGAGCUGAUGAUGAGCUAAUGAUUUUAAAUGAUGACUAAUAUGAGCUUAAAUUAUUUUAAGUGAUGAAGAUUAUAAUCAUUCAUAGCAGAAACUCAAAGGGAGAGAAUGUUUUGUCAUCAACAAUGACUGUAUUAUCAGUAAUUUUGUAGAUAACACAACUGAUUAUAUAGAAAUGUCAGAUUAAGAUAAUUUAAUUUUGUUGUACACAGAGCUGAGCACAAAUUUGUUUGAUUAAAAGAGGGAAAAAAAAUACAAUUUAAAGAUUGCCUCUGAUUCAAAACUAUUUUCAUCUUCGCACACUAAAGAUGAGUUUAUUUGGACAAGAGUUUCAAUAAUCUCUCAAAUUAAUGCAGAAGCCACUUUGAGGAACCCACUCAAUCAUGUGAUUUCAGUUUGUAAGUGUUAGUCAUUUGAAUUCAGUUCCAAAUAUUGUCAUAGUAUAAACUGAUUAAUUCCAGAUGUGUGCUUGUUUGUCUCUGCACAUCAAAACUGCAAAGGAAGCAAAAGUGACUGAAACUGAUUUGGGCUUUUUGAGAUCUUGUUUAGAUACUGUAUAUGCAAUGGCGAGUACAUAGGGGUCAAACUCAAGGCCCGGGAGCCAGCUUUGGCACGCCACAUCAUUUUAUGUGGCCUGCUAAACGUCUACUUCACGGUUUUUGGUAAAAUACUGUAUGUACCGAAAUUGGAAAUGGUCUUCACUUUGAGAUGUUGCAUUUCUUUUUUUAACCACAUCCCAUUUUUCAAUAAAUUCAACAGGUGUUGAACUAAUUUUCCUUGA